AUGUAAUUCUUUAUUGGAGAUGCUAAACCUUCAGAAGUUAAAAAAUUAACACUUGUAAAUGAAUAAGAAUUGUAGAGCAACUAGUAACAGGAUCAUAUAAAAGUGCUUCCUUUAACAAAAAAAUAAACUAGUAAAAAAUAGUUCAAAAGAACAAAAACAAUUGUAGAUGAUGAAGAUAACGCUUUCAAAAGUUCAUUCGAAGAUAGUAGAAUAACAAGAAUGAUUUUCGAAAAAGGUAGAACUGUAGAAUUAGCUAGAUUUUGGUUGAUUAUGGCAACCGUAAUUCUUAACAUCUUAGAAGUAUAAUUAUUUUGAUUUAGUAUGAAUGUAGCUUUUCCGAUUAUCUUAUAAAAAACUUAGAGAAUGAAUUGACUAUAUUGCUAUAUCUUAUUUUCUCAAUGACAAUAAUAAUAUUAUUAUUAACUAUCAUUGCUUAUUAGAUAGAUUUAGAAUAUCGAAAAAGCUCAAGAACAAUUUCUUAAAAAGCCACUUUAGUCUAAACUAACCUUAUAUGGGAUCUAUUAAUUGAAAUAAUAAUAAUUUUACCAACUUCAAAUCCCUUUACAAGAAAUUAAUAUUUUAUUUUUAGUCAAAGGGGAUCUGAGGAGAUUAGAUUUUAUACAAUAAAUGAAAUAUUCACAUAUAUAAUGUUCUUUCGUUUAUACUUGGUUCUUAAUAUAGGUUUCAAAUUUUAAACGUAUUACUCAAAUAGAAUUGGAAGAGUUUGGUAAUUUAUUUGUCUAUGAUAAUUUAGUCGUUUAUAUCAAACUCGUUUUAGUACACAUUUCAUGUUAAAGCUUUGUAUUAGGCAAUUUCCAUUUUAUACGUUAAGUUGGCUUUUCAUGGUUGGCUUAAUAUAGUAUACUUAUUAAUUAGAGAUAGCUGAAAGACCACUUUUAAGAACAUUUGAAACUAUAAACAAUUAUAGUAUAAGUAAAAGUUUGUGGGUUACAAUGAUAACUAUAGCAACUGUAGGAUAUGGAGAUUUCUUUCCUUAUACAGAUUUAGGAAGGAUUUCUAUGACAUUAGGUUUGUUUUAUGGUGUUACAAUAACUUCACUAUUUACUGCUAUUUUAUAUAACAUGCUAUAACCAGAUGCUGGAGAAUCUAAAUCUUGGGCUUUAUUGGAAAAGACUCAAAUUACUUAAAAUAUGAAAUAAGCUAGUUCUAAUAUAUUUUUUUAUUUUUAUAAAUUAAAAAAAUAGAAGAGAGUUGCAAAAAAAUAGAAUCUUUAAGAAAAUCUUAAUGAUAUUCUUAUAAAUUUGGAAAGCCAUUUGUCAGAUGUAGGAAUUAUGUAAAGGUAAUUUCAUUAGAUUUAAUUGUAGAAUGUAUAGAGAUGUUGAUGGUGAAGAAUUCAUGGAAAUGGUUAAGAGAAAAUUUGGUGAUUCUAAUCAUAAUUUUAAAGAUUUAAUGUUUUAUUUAUAAAAAAUGAUGGAAUAAAAUUAAUUAAUUCAAAAUUUCUUAGAAAAAAAUUAAGAUUUAUAAUCAUUUUAAGUUAAAAAAUAUGAUGAUUAAAAUUUACGUUAAGGCUUAUUUACUUCACCUUAAAGUUAUUAAAAUAAAUUAAAUACUGAUGAAAAACUUAAUAAAAACAAUAAUUUCUUUGAACAUUUAGAAGAAUCAAAUAGAGAUUCAUAUCUAAUGAGUUUUCAUGAUUGA